AUGGAAGGGAACAGCAACAGCAACAGCUGCCCUAAGGUUGUGUGUGAAAAAAUCUACAAAGCAGUUACUGUCUCUCCAGCUUUCCAAGCAAUUCGCCGCAUCUCAAGUCGCCCACGAGAUCCUAGGUCUGCUAGACCUGCUCCAAAUUCUUCACCACCACCACCCCUUUCUAAAACAGUCAUUGAUAUCCAAUCCCAAACAUAUUCUCCCAAAAAACAUCGCAAAGAUGCCAAAAGCCAUGCCACACCUAGAAAUGGAGCAGCAACGGUAAUGGUUCCUGUCAACUUCGAUUAUUCAAGCCAGAGUAUUCCAGCAAAUGGGAAAUCCAAGUCAGCCGCUCCACUUCCUUCCAUUCCAAAGAACACCCAAGUUGCUUCCAGGAUUGAACCUGAAGCUAAAACAUCAAGCAUGGCUGUCGUACAAAGUCCUAUCCCAGGAAACAAGGCCAAUAAUCCCAAGUUUGAAUCACCUCAACAUAUCAAGCUGGAAGAAGGUAAUCAUAAACCAGGGAUGCACAUUGAAGAUCGAUUCACUGACUACAUCAAUCGUGCAAAGAUUAAGAUUAGGACUGUGUCAAAUGCUGGGCAUGAAAAACAACAUGCGCAUGCUGGCUCAGGAAAAGAUAAGUUCACGGAUUACAUUAAUCGCGCCAAGGUUAAGCUUAGAACUACAUCAAGUAUUGGUGGUCGAAAGUAUUAA